GCACUGGCUGCUGUGGCCUCCCCUGACCCCCUCCCCUCGCUGCUGGGGUCCUCGGUCAAGCCCCCUUCUCACUGGACUGUUUUUUGGUUGGGGGUGGGGUGGCCUUUGCCUACAGAGACAUGAGGCUGAGCUGGAUCCUGACAAUACUGUCCAUUUGCCUGAGUGCCCUGGCAGCAGCCACGGGGGCCGAAGGCAAACGGAAGCUGCAGAUUGGAGUGAAGAAACGUGUGGACCACUGUCCUAUCAAGUCUAGAAAGGGAGAUGUCUUACACAUGCACUACACGGGAAAGCUAGAAGAUGGGACGGAGUUUGACAGCAGCCUACCACAGAACCAGCCCUUUGUUUUCUCCCUUGGCACUGGCCAGGUUAUCAAGGGCUGGGACCAGGGGCUGCUGGGGAUGUGUGAAGGGGAAAAGCGGAAGUUGGUGAUCCCAUCCGAGCUGGGGUAUGGAGAGCGGGGAGCCCCCCCAAAGAUCCCAGGUGGAGCAACCCUGGUGUUUGAGGUGGAGCUGCUCAAGAUUGAGAGACGCUCAGAACUGUAGCAGGCUGCAGAGGGCUAGGAGGCCCCCCCGUCAGGGACCAGAACUGUAGCAGGCUGCAGAGGGCUAGGAGGCCCCCAUCAGGGACCAGACUGUUUAAAAACAAAAACAAACAAAAAAACCUUUAAAACCCCCAAGA